CUCCACGGAUUGACCCCAAUUGACAAACAUCAUGCUUUCUUUCCAUCUUCUUCGGCCUGAAUCUGCUUCUAUACCAAUCAAUCAGCAUGAACAGCCAAGCCUAAAGCCCAACAAGCCCGCACCAGCGUCUACAAUCCCAUCUAUACCAGCACUCUACAGUACAGCACAGCAAUUAACCUAAACAACCCCAGAAAUUGCGCCAUUCGAACAACUAAUCCACACCAAUCCCAACCCAACCACCAACACCCACCACACACAACACCCACAAUCCCCACAAGACAAGAACCAGAACCACAAACCACUUCACUUCACUUCACUUCACCUCGCAACCCAAAGAAACAACCACCCAAUCCAACCCACAAAAUGACCACCCCAACCUACCACAUAAUCCCCGCCACCACCCCCUCCCACCUCACCACCGCCCGCACCCUCUUCACCACCUACGCCCAAUACCUCAACAUCGACCUAACCUUCCAAAACUUCGAAGCCGAGUUAUCCUCUCUCCCAGGGAAAUACAGUCCCCCGGAUGGCGAAAUCCUCCUCGCAUACAGCAACACCUCCCCUCCGAUGCCCCUCGGCUGCGUCGCUCUCCGUCCCCUCCCUUCGCCACCAGAAUCACCGCGCCAAUACUGCGAAGUGAAGCGACUGUAUGUUGCCCCUGAGGCGCGGGGGUUGGGACUCGGCAGAGCGCUCGUGAAUGCGAUUGUGGAGAGGGCGAGGGAACUGGGCUAUCGGGAGAUGAGGCUUGAUACGUUGAGGACGAUGGAGGGGCCGGUGCGGUUGUAUCAGAGUCUGGGGUUUGUGGAGAUUGAGCCGUAUUAUGAUGCGACUGCGGCGCCGUUGUAUAAGGAGAUGGUGUUUUUGGGGAGGGAGAUUUGGGUGCAGGGGUGAUUGCUAUUUAGAUGGGUGGUUUGGAAGGUUUGUGUUGGGAUAGGUAUUUUGAUUUGUUUUAGAGUAAUAUUGCAAUGGAUAGACAACACUAAUAAAGAGCGAAAAAGUAUAGCUAGCAU